AUGAACAACGAAGAGAAAAUGAAAAAGACGGAUCAAGAAAUCGAGGAGGAGAGGGAGAAGGUUUCGGAGACAGUCAAUGAGUUCUCACGUUCUUCCAUAACCCUAGAUAUGAUCAUGGGAGACACGAAGCAAGAAACCGACGAGGAGAAGAAGAGGAGGGAGGAUGUUUCAGAGACAGACAAGGAGUGUGAAUCUAAAGAAGACCGCCUCGCUAUUACUUUACGUCCUCCUGGAUAUGGUCCUUGUCGGGGCUCGCCAGUGAAAGAACCGUCGCCGAGAAGGACAUCACCACGGACACAAGCUCUGCCGACGAAUUCACGGCCACUGUUCAUUCCGGAUCUGUUUCCAUCUUUACCAGUUAGACAACCAACGAACCCUUAUCCAUCGGAGUCUUUGACUUCGGCAGAAAGGAUUCCUCCUCCUCCUCCACCGCCUCCUCGUCCAACAGGGCUGACGUCCCCACAGUCUCGGAACCGUCCGCUUGUAUGGCCAAACGGCAAAACAGAAGUCAUUCCAGCGCCCGAUGUUUGGGCGAGGACGCGGAGAGCCACCGUACACCGCCUCGAUUACCUCGUAUCGAGACAAAUAUUGAUUAUCUCCGGCCUAAGUCCAGUGCAAGACAUGCGAGAGAAACUUUGA